GGAAGCCCCGAGGCACCAGCACCAGCACCAGCACCACCUAGCUAUCUGCCUUGCCCCCAACAACCCUCCUCCUCCAGACCUACCAACUGAACCUCCAGCUGUCUCCACGCAAGAACCGACCUCCAAGUUUGUACAAGCACCGACACCGGCGCGCCCGAAGCUUGACAAACUCCCCCUUUCCUUCGAUCGAACUCUAUCGUCCGACUUCGAUUCCAUCAUAGUUGCGCACGCCAUCUGUCGCGCACGUACAACAUCUAGCCCACGCUCGCGCAAACCGAGUCGAACCAGCUACACCACCGAAGCUCUAGCUAUCAUCCGAUAAGCAAACAACCGCCAAAAUGUCGGGCGAGGCGUGGCUAUACCUGUUUGCGGUGCUUAUAAACGCCGUCAACCUCUUCCUUCAAGUCUUCUUCACCAUCAUGUACAGCGAUCUGGAAUGCGAUUACAUUAACCCUAUUGACCUCUGCAACCGCCUCAACACUUACAUCAUCCCCGAAGUCGCUGUCCACGGUUUCCUGACCUUCCUCUUCCUUAUCAACGGCUACUGGCUGCCUCUCGUGCUCAACCUGCCUCUUCUCGCCUGGAACGUCAAGAAGAUCGUUGACAACGCCCACCUUCUGGACGCCACUGAGAUCUUCCGCAAGCUUAAUGUCCACAAGAAGGAAUCUUUCACUAAGCUCGGCUUCCAUCUCAUUCUGUUCUUCUUUUACUUGUACAGCAUGAUUGUGGCCCUCAUUCGGGACGAGGCUCAUUAGGAAAUGGCCGUCGCUCGCUAAGUUGAACUGGACUUCUCGUUUCACAACGAUACCGCCACAAAGUCCGUCGGAUCGGACGCGGAGCUCUCUCAUCGGAGCUCGUGCUCGCAUCUUUACCACCACCGUUUUCUCGAAAGUACAUAACGGCGCUGGGCACACUGGUACGCAGUACUUCAAACACACACAAACAAAAAAUAUAUACAGUACAACGACAGGCAAGCAAGCAGGCAGGCAGGAUCCUCGGCGACGGAUGCUGCAAAAGGACGGGAAGGGUUCAUGAGCGUAACAUACGACGACUUUGACAGAUGGCAUGGGAGGGCACGAAGCUAUGAAGAGAUGGCGGGAAUGAUUAUAUUAUUGGAUGGCGGGAGAAGAGGAGGACGAAUUGUAUGGUCUUGGCUUCUAUAAUGAAGAGGAAAAGCGACUGACGGGCUUCGGGAAGGUGGCAACUGCCUUGCUGUACGCCUCGGUUGGCAUGACAGCUGGAUAGACGGGGCAAAAGGAAAUGAUGAAAAAGAGUUUACGACCUCUUCAGCGGUACCAAUUGGGUGUACGCAGGUGAGGAGAGGGAGAAAUCGCGUGCUGUAUUUUACUGCUUCCUAAAGUAUGUAAUGAAACGGGACGGGCUACGUCAUGAAGAUCAUGGUCUGUUGCUGUCUUGUCAAAUGUCAACACCGAGGGAAGGCAACGCGGGCCACAUAUGGAGAACCACGAACAUGACUUUUUGAUCCAUAGACAUUGGGCGCGUUGUUGGAAUAUGUACUCUCUUAGCAAGCUGUUGUCGUCCUACCAAGAUGGAACCGAAUAUUCGGGUCAUUGAACACUCUUUGUACUGCAUAGUAGAGAGGCAAGCCAGAAACAAUAGAGCUUGGCUCAACG